AUAUAUACACACAGCAGAUCUCCCUCUGUUCCUCGAGUUUUCCAGCAUCCCUCCACAUUAUAUGUAAGUGUGAACUCGUGAAACAUAUAUACACACUGUACAUGGACCUGACUGUAUAUAACUAAACGAAAACAAGUAGAAAGAAUAGAAAAAUAGGAGAAUGCUAGUGUUAGAGGCCUUUUUUUAAGAAAACAAACAGUAAGAAAACGAAUAGAGAGCGCAAGUGUUAGAGGCUCAAGUCAACAAACAGAUCAAAUAGAAUUAGAAUAGUGAGGUGAAUGACGUCGAGGUGACCGUUCCAAGAUGGCGGACGCGUCGACGUGCUCGCCGCGGUCAUCUAUACAUAUCUAUGGCCACGACGACCGCCGUGCGUCUCCAAUGUCGUCAUCACGCAGCGAACGUGUCCCACGUGCAGAUGUUUACGUCCUCCUCUGUGUGACGUCAGUGCCCAGUGAGUCGUCGUCGGAUGAGAAACAUCGGCGAUGUUAAAGAUGCGGUUCAGCGCGCAAAACGCCUCGCGGCGGACGCGACGCGCGCGGGUGUGAACGCGCAGCGAUGCGCGCGCGCGUCGGGACACAGAAGCAGACGGGAAAUCGGUGUUAUUAACGGUUUUCGCUUGCGUCCGUUAGUCUGGCCUUUCUUUCUUCUGCUGAGCAGUCUCCGGAUCCAUGAUGGAGGACGCGCUGGAGUGCGGAUGGGUGUCGGUGCGCCCCAACGCCUUCGAGGAGAAAGACAAGCACAAGUUCGUCUUCAUCGUCGCCUGGAACGAGAUUGAGGGCAAGCUCGCCGUCACGUGCCACGACCGGACCGCGCAGCGGCGCGGCGGGAGCGCGGAGCCGGAGCUCGGUGACGCGCCGCCGGACUCCAGCUGGGCAGGCCUCUUCUCGUUCCAGGAGCUGCGCGCCGCUCACCUGCAGCUGUGCGCCGUCAACUCGGACCUGGAGCCGUGUCUGCCCGCCUUCCCCGAGGAGCAGACCGUGUGGUCGGUGCUGUUCGGCGCGCCGGAGCUGAACGCGCGCCACGCGGACGCGCUCUGCUUCCAGCUGCAGGUGUACCUGGGGCACGCGCUGGACACCUGCGGAUGGAGGAUCCUGUCCCAGGUGCUGUUCCCCGACUGCGACGACUCCGAGGAGUACUACGAGAGUCUGAGCGAGCUAAAAACCCAGAACUACGUUUUUAUAAGUCGACCCAAAAGACGAGCGUGCAUAAUCAGAACUGUGCAUACUUUACACUUAAAUUAA